UGCAUAGACAGAAAGCUGGCUAGAGGUAGACAGACAGAUGAUAGCUAGCUAGCUAGCUAGCUAGCUAGUUAGAUCUCAUCAGCCUUCCUUGCCAAAGGGCAGGUUUGUAGCUGAGGGAGCUCCAGGCUGUGGAUCCUCCUUCUGCUCCCAGGGCAGGUGCCUCUCCCUCGGAGUUGGGGCUGGAUCAGGAGGGGGUCAGGAGGAGGAGGAGGACGAGAGGCAGAGGAGGCUUGGCCAGGCAGGGAUGGGCAGUGGGGGCGGGGGUCUGCCGGUGGUCGCCAUGACUGCUGCUGGCGCUGCUGCUUCUGCCUGAUGCUGAGCAUCGGAGGCGCGGCUGGAGCGGAGCUGUCCCUUCAGCACCUUCCUUCCUUGCUUGGCGAGCAGGGCAGGGGCUGCUCCAGGGGGCUGCAGGCUGCCUCCAAGGGAAGAGGGGGUGGAGAGGACAUUGGGCUGCCUCUUUCUCUCUCUCUCUCUCUCAUUCACUCUGCCUGGCCCAGGUUGGACCAUUCUUGCCAGAGACAGCUCCAUCUUCCAGCUGGGAAGAAGGAAGGACCCCGCCCCAGAGAUGCUGCUGCUGCUUCCAUGCUCAGGGAAGUUGCAGGCUCCCAGAGAGGAUCGGAGCAGCCACAGAAGCUCUCCAGGUCUUCUCCUUCCCUGCCCCAUAUAGAUUUGGAAGACACUCACCAUGACCAGGCUGAGUCUAAGGGAUUUAUCAGAGACUGAUUGUGAAGACAAUGAGAUCAGCAUCAACGUUGGCGGCUUUAAGAAGAAGAUGCGAUCCAACACGUUGUUGAGAUUCCCUGAAACAAGGCUGGGCAAGCUGCUGAGCUGCCAUUCGAAGGAGUCGAUUUUAGAGCUUUGUGAUGAUUACGAUGACACCAAGAAUGAGUUCUACUUUGACAGGAACCCUGAACUUUUCCCUUACGUGCUGCAUUUUUAUAACACUGGGAAGCUGCAUGUGAUGGGGGAGCUCUGUGUCUUUUCCUUCAGCCAGGAAAUUGAAUAUUGGGGCAUCAAUGAGUUCUUCAUUGAUUCUUGCUGCAGUUACAGCUACCAUGGUAGAAAAAUGGAACCAGACCAAGAAAAAUGGGAAGAUCACAGUGACCAAGAAAGCACCACCUCUUCAUUUGAUGAAAUCUUAGCCUUCUAUAAUGAUGCUGCUAAGUUUGACAACCAGCCUUUUGGGAAAAUCAGGCGGCAGCUAUGGUUAGCUUUAGAUAAUCCUGGCUAUUCUGUCAUGAGCCGAAUUUUCAGUGUCCUUUCCAUAGUGGUGGUUCUUGGAUCCAUCAUAACCAUGUGCCUCAACAGCCUCUCAGACUUUCAGAUUGUUAGCAGAAAUGGGGACUUGGAGGAAGACCCUCGGUUUGAAAUUGUGGAACAUUUUGGUAUUGCAUGGUUCACCUUUGAGUUGGUAGCAAGGUUUGCUGUGGCCCCAGACCUCCUGAAGUUCUUUCAGCAUGCACUCAAUCUGAUUGACCUCAUGUCCAUCCUUCCAUUUUACAUCACUUUAAUUGUGAACCUGGUGGUGGAAAGCAGCCCUGCUUUAGCUAACUUGGGUAGAGUAGCGCAAGUCUUGAGACUGAUGAGAAUAUUCCGCAUCCUAAAACUUGCUCGCCACUCCACAGGCCUUAGAUCUCUGGGAGCCACUCUCAAGUAUAGCUACAGAGAGGUUGGGCUCCUCCUGCUUUACCUCUCAGUUGGAAUCUCUAUAUUCUCUGUAGUGGCUUACACAAUUGAAAAAGAAGAAAACAGGGCCUUAGAGACCAUCCCUGCUUGCUGGUGGUGGGCUACAGUUAGCAUGACCACAGUUGGCUACGGGGAUGUUGUCCCAGUGACCACUGCAGGCAGGCUGACAGCUUCUGCCUGCAUCCUAGCUGGAAUCCUGGUAGUAGUUCUUCCUAUCACGCUCAUUUUCAACAAGUUUUCUCACUUUUAUAAGCGUCAAAAGCAGCUGGAAAGUGCAAUGAGGAGUUGUGAUUUUGGGGAUGGGAUGAAAGUGGUUCCUUCAGUAAACUUAAGGGACUACUAUGCCUACAAAGUUAAAUCCCUCAUGGCCAGUCUCACAAACAUGAGCAGGAGCACACCCAGUGAAUUAAGUCUAAAUGAUUCAUUGCAUUAGUUCAUGGUCCUAAGAUCAGUUUGCAUGCUGGAAAACCUAGAGGUGUAUUAAUAUUUUUUUUCUCACCCCAGCAUCUAAUGUUUUUGGCAAUUUACCAAGGGAUGGAUGAUUCAUGUAAACAUUCUUUUUCAGUAUAAGAUGCCCUUUUUUCUUUUUUUCUUUUGCAGAAAUCUUUGGGUAGCAAUUGACAUGUUCUUAAAUGUUGUGGAAUUUUUUUUAUUGUGCAUCAAGACUCAGGGACAAUAUACAUUCUAAAGCAAACCCAAUAUGUGCUGGCCUGCUGCAGAAUGUAUGUUGAACCCAUCACAAAGUCAUGAUGUACCUGAACUAUCACUACAUUCAAAAGUCCAGCUAUGGUUAAAAAUGGUUGUGUAAGUCUAGUUACCUCAGCAGUUCUGAAGAAGAUGUGUUUAAGUUAUAGUUUUCUACUUAACUACAUUUUCAUCCAGCUUCACGGAAACAGCUUCCUGGGUUUUCCCCCCCUCUACAGUUGUUGUCGUCUUUGUGACAUUAGUGCUGGUGGUGCUGUGCUUCUUUGUCACAUGUACAUUUUGCUUAGGAAGUCCCUGUGCAAACACUGAAAAGAAUAUUUCCAGGAAUGUCACAUACGUGUGCACAAAAACACUUGAAAAACUGGAAAUACGUUAACCUAGUUCCAUUCCCAUUGUGUUACAACUGCAAUAACAAAGCAGUUAUAAAUGCCCAAACCUCCUUGGUAUUACUAAUUAAAAGUUCACUUGGAGACUCACCCCAAUGAUAAGUAAUGCUAUCACAACCAUCCUUAUGCAACCAUUAUUGAGUUUAAUUCUUCUCAUGAAACUGGAACUCAUUGUGUAAAAAUUUAAACUUAGCAAAAGGUCUGAAUACUAUGAGUGGAAGGAAGUGCAAGGCCAACUCUUCUAUUCCAAACUUGCCCCCUUCUUCCCAAUGAAUGCUGCAUCUGAGCUCUGCUGAUCAAAUCUGUUCUUGUGUAUAAAGAGGCCAUCAGGUUCUGAGACUAGAAUAAGGGUGGGAGAUAUGUGGCAUUUCCAGUGUAGUUGGACUGCAACCAUCAUCAGCCCUAUCCAGCAUAGCCAGCAGUGAGGGGUGGUGGAAGUUGUAUCUCAACAAUAUUUGGAAGGUAUAAGUUUCCAACCUUGGAUUAGCGUGUGAUCGACUAUUGAAAGAGCUUGACAGAAUGUUUAGACUGACAGGAGGAUAACUGUGAAGCAUGCUAAGGUUGAUCUUAAAGACCAUUUGGUAUUGGAAUAUUUCUCUUCCUUCUGAGAGUUAUUGAUAAAACUCCUAUGUACAGCACCAGGUUAGGCCUGUAGUUUUGAAAUGGAUCUUUCUGCCUUGCAACUGAGAUUUCCAUUAGGACCACCUCUCUUAAAGGUCCAUUGUGACCAAGAUUCUCCCGCUAUUGUGCCAAAGGCCUAAUGUUCUUAGGCACCAGAAACUGACAUCUCCUGUAAACUUCAUUUAGAAGUUACAUAUACAUUUAGAAGUUUACACAUACAUACCAAAAAUGCAUCAGAGUUAAAGUGAUUUGUGUAGACAUCUACAUGAGAAAAUAACUCUUGCUGCUGAUGAGUGAAGAGAAAUACACCAAAGUCAGUGGGCAAACACAGUAAUAUUUAUUGAUAUUGAUAUUAAAGGCAACUGCCUACUGGACAAAAAUGUAUUAAAAUGAUGUAGUACAUAUUUUCAGGAUACUGUCCAAUUUUAUUGUGCAGAACUGGUUAUGCAGUGCUAGUAUGAAUCAAUGGUUUCAGUG